UUUAAGUAUAAAAUAACAAGAUAAUCAAAGCAGGGAGCAACGGCACUCUACAGUUACAUUUUUAUCCCCCAAAAAAAAACAAAUCCACGUAAGAAAAAGAGACCACCCUGUCGCUCACUAAGCCCAGCUUCGUCACUCCGAACCUCUAUCCUUAUGACCGUUACACCGAACCAAGAUUUAAAACAUUACGGAGUCUUCACUUACCCCGUUACUACCCGACGAAAGGAAACCUCCUCCUCUUCCUUUUAAAUCUGCGAACAUUUCCUUCUUUGUUUUUCUAUAGCUGAUGAUUAUUCUCGAUCAUCCAAUCAUAAUCCAGAGCCCUGAGAUGGUUUCCAAGAUUACCAAGGGAACUCCUUCACGAUCCAUCAAGCGCCACCGUCUUAACCACCACCGGAGAAAGACUUCUCCGACGAAGAAGAAUGCUUCGUUCUCCGUCAUUUCCUCCCUCAACAAGUCCAUCAAGACGUGCCGUCGCCGCCUUCUGAGGCUCUUCUCAAAGUUAGCCCCCAUAGCAACCCCUUCAACCAUCAAGUGCCGCCACAUGGGUUUCAAAAUCCUUAAACAAGAAGAAGAACUUGAUGAAUUCGAAAGCAAUUUCAUUGUUCCUCGGGCUCUUGUAUUCGACCGUUUCUUGCUUCCACCCUUGAUUUCGGAGUCUAAAAGAACUAUCUUUCUUGAUCUAGAUGAGACCCUGGUGCAUUCAAGCCCUGACCCACCUCCCAAAAUGUAUAAUUUUGUUGUAAGGCCGAAUAUUGAAGGUCAAAUUAUGAAUUUUUACGUAUUGAAACGGCCGGGUGUCGAUUUCUUCUUGGAAGAAAUCAGCAAGAAAUACGAGGUGGUGGUGUUCACGGCGGGGCUUCAGCGGUAUGCUUCACAGGUUUUGGAUAAGCUUGAUCCUAAGGGGUUAAUAUCUUACCGGCUUUAUCGGGAUUCGUGCAAGCAAGUGGAAGGGAGGUUUGUUAAGGACUUAUCUGAAAUGGGGAGAGAUUUGGGGAAAAUUGUGAUAGUUGAUGAUAACCCAAAUGCUUACUCUUUGCAGCCUGAUAAUGCUGUCUCCAUACGGCCGUUUGUGGAGGAUGCUGAGGAUAGGGAGCUGGAGAAGCUCGUGCAAUUCUUUCAGUGGUCUGAACGGUUUGAGGAUAUGAGAGAAGCGGUCAAGCAGUAUUUUAGUGGUGGCGACGGUGGCAGCACUGAUGGUGCGGAUGAUUAUGACUUUGUUCACUUGAAGCUAUGACGCUUGCUUUGUUUAAGAUUUUUUUUUUUUUUUUAGGGGGGCGAGGGGCGGAGGGUUGGAUUGUUCAAUUUG